AUGGCUCCCACAAACCUUCCUACCAUCCCCGCCAUGAACCGCGACAAGCCUCUCUUUCCCACUGGUGACAAAGAGGGUGAGGCUACCGUCAUCUUCGUCCUCGGUGGUCCCGGUGCUGGCAAGGGCACUCAAUGCGCCAACAUUGUCCGCGACUACAAGUUCAAGCAUCUCUCCGCUGGUGAUUUGCUGCGUGAAGAGCAAGACCGCAAGGGCAGUGACUUCGGCGACCUGAUCAAGGAGUACAUUCGCGAUGGCAAGAUUGUUCCCAUGGAGGUCACCAUUCAAUUGCUCGAGAACGCCAUGCAGAACACCAUCAAGAACGAACACAUCAACAAGUUCUUGAUUGACGGUUUCCCUCGCAAGAUGGACCAGGCCAUUCAAUUCGAGAAGUCCGUCUGCAAGAGUGUCUUCACUUUGUUCUUUGAGUGCACUGAGAAGGUCAUGGAGGAGCGUCUGCUCAACCGCGGCAAGACUAGCGGCAGAGCUGAUGACAACGAGGAGAGCAUCCGCAAGCGUUUCAGAACCUUUGUCGAGACUAGCAUGCCCGUUGUUGACUACUUUGACAAAGAGGGUCGUGUCGUCAAGAUCCAGGCUAUUCAGACCCCUGAUGAGGUCUAUGAGCACGUCAAGACUGGAUUCACUGAGCGUGGUAUCAAGCUCGUUUAA